AUGUUCUGGUCGCUGCCCCGUGCCGCGGUGGGCGGCAUCCUGAACGGCAUGGAGGAGUCGCAGCGGCCCGCCGCCGCCGACGGCGCCGCCGCCGACCCCGACGCCUUCUUCGCCAAGAAGCACGCCGCCAAGCUGGCCUUCCAGCAGGCCAAGGGGCUGGCGGUGGGCGAGGAGAACAGGCUACUGGUGUUCAUGGGGCGCAUCACCCACCAGAAGGGCUGCGACAUCAUCGCUAUGGCGGCGCGCAGCAUCCUCAAGGGCAGCCGCGUGGCCCAGAUUGCCAUGGUGGGCCCCAUUGGCGACGAGUAUGGCGAGCAGGCCAAGCACAUGCUGGAGAAGGUGUCCCAAGCGUUCCCGGGCCGCGUGUGGAAUGGGGCCGGCCUGUACGCGAUGGGCGCCGAGAAGGAGCAGCUGUGCAUGGCGGCAGACUUCUUCCUGUGCCCCUCCCGCUUUGAGCCCUGCGGCCUGGCCGACAUUGAGUUUGGGUGGCUGGGGGCAGUGAUGAUUGGGCACAACACGGGAGGGCUUGGGAAGAUGCCUGGUGUGUACUACACCGCUGAGCUGGACUGCACAGAGGACCAGAGCAUCAGGCUGGCGCUGACGGCACUCAAGGCGCUGGCUUUGCCCGAGGAGGAGCUCAGGCGCCUGGGCACCGAGGCCAUCAAGGCCGACUUCCCGCCCUCCCGCAUGAUCCGGGCCUACGACAAGCGGUGGCGCCGCCUGCACGCCUGCGCCCUCACCGCCGCCACGGGGGAGGCCGGCAUGGCGCCCGGGGAGGGGGAGUUCUACGCUGAGCAGGCUCUGGACCGCACGAUGAGCGUUGUGGCUGUGACGGCUGUGAUUGGCAGCGAGGGCACCACCAACAUCACAGGCUUCCAAGUGGCAGGCAUCAUCCUGCUGGUGAUUGCCGUCUGGCUGGCCCUCUGGCUGCUGCGCCCCCACUCCCUAUCCCCCCACUUUGAGCACCGCCGCCUGCGCCUGCACGGCCAGCUCAGCAUGCUGUUCAAGCAGCGCCACCACUGGAUGCUGGCCGUCACCACCACCACCCUGGACACCGCAAGCGUGGGCUACUGCUUGUCCAUUGUCUGGGACGUUGAUCAAGGGGACGCGCAGUGGUUUGCGCUGGCCAAUGCGCUCACCAGCAUGGUGGCCAUCGGAGCCCUGGGCGCCUUCCUCACAACGAAGCCCGGGCGCCGCUUGGGCCUCAAGCUGAUGUGGGCAAUCGCCGCCACGCCCUGCGUGACGCUGGCACAGGUUGCGCUGAUCAAGUAUGGCGGCUCCGCAGCCACCUGGGUGGCGGCCACCGUGGUUGCUGCGCUGCACGUCAGGACCAACAUGGUGGGCCUGCUGAACCUGCACACGUCGGUGGAGGUGUGGGUUGUGACGGGGACAUACGAGGCGCUGCGUGUGCUGCUGGUAGCCGGCAUGGUGGCCCUCCACCGGCGGGAGAACAUCGCCAAGCCCUGA